AAUUUACGGACGAGAUACGUAGCUUGUUCACGUUUAAUAUUAUGCGUGCCGUAUAUUAUAUGCUUUUGAAACGCCGCAAUAUAACGGAAAAUUCGACGCUGAGUUGGCAAUCUUGGCUGUUUGUAACCUCAAAAAAUAACGGAGUGGCAAAAAAGCUCGUUGUCUACAAAACUGGCGGAAUUUCAAGUGACAAUUAAUGAGUCGUACUUAAUUGACAGAAUAUCGCUCAGCUGGCCAAAUCGCCACUAUUUUAUGAGAGAUGAGCGGUCAAAAAUUUCAAUAUGACGAGAGCGGAGGAACAUUUUUCUACUUUCUAUUGUCUUUUUUGGCACUGGUCCUUGUGCCCAGCACUUUUUACCUGUGGCCACGUUGCCCUAAGCCAGAUCCGACUUUAGCAGAAAAAGAGUGCUACUGCAAUGGAUGUAAAAGAAAAAAAGUCAUUCUUCAAAAAAGUGAUCCUUGGAAGGAAACUAAAGCUUUCUUCAAAAAAGUUUGUAUUAUUUCUGGAUGGGUAGUACUUGCCUUAAUUGCCUACAAAGUUUCACAAUUUGAUUACGAAAUGGCCAACUUUGAUCCAUAUGAAAUAUUAGGUGUUGCACCUGGUGCUUCUGCAGCCUCAAUUAAGAAAGCUUAUAGACAACUUUCUUUAAUUCUCCAUCCUGAUAAAGAGACUGGUGAUGAGAAAGCAUUUAUGAAAUUAACGAAAGCCUAUCAAGCGCUGACUGACAAGGAAGCAAUGUCAAACUGGGAGAAAUAUGGAAAUCCUGAUGGACCAGGAGCUAUGGGUUUUGGUAUUGCAUUGCCAUCAUGGAUUGUUGAAAAAGAAAACUCAAUGUGGGUUUUAGGAGCAUAUGCACUAGUAUUUAUGAUUGCCUUGCCAACUGUUGUUGGAACAUGGUGGUACAAAAGUUUACGAUAUACAGGUGACCAGGUUCUGUUAGCUACUACAAAAGUUUACUAUGGUUUUUUCAAUUCUAUGCCUACAGUGACAUUAAAAAGAAUAAUUAUGAUUCUUGGAGCAUCUCUUGAGUUUGAAAAAAAUCAUAAUCCAGAAAUAGUCGAAAGGAUAACUGAUAAUGAAGAGAUACCUGCCCUAAUUAAACAAUUAUCGAAUUUGGGAGAAAAAAAUAGAGAAAUUCCUCUAUGUUUUAUGUACUCCAUAAGAGCCAGAGCUCUCAUACAUGCUCAUUUAUCACGGAUUCCAUUAAAUCUUGAAACAUUAGAUAAAGAUAGGCAAUAUAUUAUUAAAAAAUGCCCUUACUUAAUUCAAGAAAUGAUUUCUUGUGUGAAUCAUUUGAUUGUAUUAGCCUAUGCUAGACAAGUUGACGUUCUGCCAACAAUUACUACUAUAGAGAACUGUAUGAAAUUGAGUCCUAUGAUUGUACAGGCCUGUUGGGAAUUUAGAAACCCCCUUUUACAACUACCUCAUAUUACUGAAGAUCAUCUAAAGCAUUUUAGAGCUAAGAAGGUGAAAACUCUUCAAGAGUUUGCUCAACUCAAACGCGAUGAUCGAAGGUCAAUCUUGCGUGGUUUAUCCGACGAAGAGUUUGACGACGUAAUGAAAGUGUUAGGAAAUAUGCCUUACGUUGAAUUUAAAGUGAGAUCAGAAGUUAUCGACGACGAAAACUCCAACGUUUUCACAGCCGGAGCAAUCGUUACAGUAACGGUGACGUUGGAUCGUAAGGACAUGUCUACGAGAUUUGGCGACGAAACCAUAAAUGCGAUGAAAAAGGAUUGCACUGUAGCAAACGAUGGUGAGGAUGGCGUCACCGAAGAAAUGGAGGAGCAAAAUCAAGCAGCAACCAAGAAGCCAGCGUGGAUGAAACAACGAAAAGCAGCACCGAAGAAGUCGCACAGUAAAAAAGGGCCGAACAAAAAGCCAGCGCCAGCUUCUAAAACUGCUGUUAUUCAGAGUACAACUGAGAACGGCAUAUCUAGUCAACCAACCAAUUCGUCGCCGAAACCUAAAAAGGAAAAAAAAGAUGAUAAAGAGGAGAAGAACAAAGAUAAAGGCACGGACGAAAGUGAAAGUGAUGCUGAUAAGAGUGAUAGCAGUGACGACGAAGAUAGCUCGGCGGACGUAGCUAAGAAGAGCGGUGACAAGCAGCGCAAACAAUCGGAGGUAAACGAGGAUGAUGAUGUUGAAUGGAGUAAGUUCCAGCAGCGUUUAUUGAAACGCGAUCGGGUUCUGGAAGGACGAACGAAUCAGUCGCACCAAGUGCAUUGCCCAUACUUCCCAGCGGUCAAGUACGAGUACUGGUGGGUGUACAUCUGCGACCGUAAGAGCAUGACACUGCUUACUGCACCGGUUCAUGUUACUUCCCUUGUUGACACCGAAGAAUUCCAGUUGCGAUUUACUGCACCUCUUUGGCCAAAUUUAUAUACAUUUACCGUCUGCCUGAGAAGCGACUCGUAUAUGGGUUUCGACCAAAUGUACGAUCUCAAGCUUAAUGUGGAAGAAGCUCCAGUUGUUCCAACUGAACACCCACAGUGGGAAAUGUCUGAUGAGGAGGAAGCAGAGGAUGUGGAUGCCGCUGAUGAACAUUCCGAGUUUACGACUGAUGAAGAUAUUAGUGACAAUGAAUAAAUAAACUCUUUAGAGUGUGCUUCUAAAAAAAUGCACAAGCAAAGCGAUUUUUUUCGCGAUCUCCGUGAAUUGAUGCGUCUUUAAAAAGAUAUAAUAAAUCAGUAAAAAGAUGUAGGAGUUGAGUGUGAAAAUGUUAAAUACUGGACGGAUGUUUUAUGUGGAAAAAAUUUAGAGUGCAUAGUUGAUGUGUGCAAAAAAUAUUGUAGUAGGGGAUUAGCGCAAUAUGUCGAAUUUUUCAACUAAAAGGGAGCAUCAGAAUACGUAUUAUAAGAGAGUACAAUAUUUAUUUUAACACUGUUAAUUGAUUAUUAAUAUUUUGAGAGCAUGCGUACACAACUUUUUAAUAAAAAUGGAAUUGUCUAUAUAUUAAGUGUACAAUAUCUGAUACUGAUUAAACUGAAAAUAAAUUUUUUUCUAG